AACUGUGCCUGAGUCCUGAGCAAUCAUACCCACCUUUACUGUGACAUUGUUUUGCGCUACAUCAAGCUUCAAUUCACACAAAAAAGCUAGCGAAAAUGGAAGAGUUUGCGAAGAAAGGGACGGGGACAGUGACUUCACUAGCGGAGAUGUUCCCAGCAGAGGAUGCCCAGAAGGCCGUGAAGCGCGUGCAGGAAAAGCUCGCGGAGAUACAAAACGAACUCAACCGCGUACGAGGUUUCAUCUCCGACAACUCUAAUCUCAUCAACCUCGUCCAGAAACUCCCCGAACAACUCCACCACAACAUCAUCGUUCCGUUUGGAAAAGCUGCGUUUUUUCCGGGGCGUUUGAUACACACGAAUGAAAUUAUGGUGCUUUUAGGAGAAGGGUACUAUGCAGAGAGAACAUCGAAACAGACUGUGGAGAUUUUGAAAAGGAGAGGGAAGGUUUUGGAGUCCCAAGUUGAGUCCCUUAAGGCAAUCAUGCGGGACCUUAAAGCCGAGACUUCCUUUUUCGAUUCUACGGCUUCCGAAGCUGCGGAAGGUCUUCUAGAGAUAACAGAAGAUUAUAUGGAGGAAAAUUCUACUGAAAGGGAAUCUGAAUCAGGUCCACCAAAGGAAGAUGCUCCUAGCUCUUCUGAAGCAGACAAAGCAAAAGUUUCAGUUGAAGAUGAAGAAUAUGCUCGCAUUAUGUCAAGGUUGGAUGAACUUGAGAAAGAAGAACUUGAAGCUGAAUGUGGCAAUGAGACUGUUGAAGAAAAUGAACAAGUUGCAGUUGAUGAUGAAGAAUAUGCUCGUUUGAUGUCCAGGUUGGAUGAACUUGAAGAAGAAGAACUUGAAGCUGAAGAUGAGAAAAUUAAAGAUGAUUUUAAUAAGUUAUCAGAUCAGAAAUCUCUUGAUACCAAUCUCAGACAUUCAGAGGGGUAUCAGUCAAGAGAACUGUUGGAGCAGACAAAAGAUAAAAAGUCUGCCUCUGAAGAGUUUCUAAGUAAGUGUGAUCCUCAAAAAGAUUUGACCGAUCAACUAAAUUGUAUGGGUUUGGCAGUGCAAUCUGUACCCGAAGAUGAAAAAUCACAUGGUAAAAGUUUGCUACACAAUGUGAUAAAAUCCAGUCCUCCUGAGAAGGCCUUGAUGCUCCCUGAAGUGAAGGAGAAUGUUCAAUCAGCGCCUUUAUCAAGAAGUGAGGUUCCAGCCCAGUCUUCAAAACCAGGAUUCGAUGCUCAGAAGGCUUUUACAGGCUCCAUUAUAGAGCACACUCACAAUACACACAUUAAUUCCAGUCAAGAAUCUGCAACUUCAUCACAGUCUCCCAGUUCCCAACCUUCAAAGCCAGUUUCCAGGUUCAAGAUGCAGAGAAGAUAGCUGCCAGUAUUGUCAGAAUAUCAGUAAACACUGUUGGUAGAUUAGGUAAUUUAUGAAUCUGUUGGAGGCAGGUACAAAAAUUCUCUAAAUACGUGCUGUGACUGCUGUCUCCACCAGCAUCUUGUAUAUGCUGAGGUCAAACAUUGCCUUCCAAUUCCCCUGAAGUAGAGGGAACCAUCACUUUAUCCUUCAGUUCUUUCAGUGGAAACAAAAGGAAGAAGAAAAGAAGUAUGAGCCUAUCUGUCGGCAGUAGGGAAGAGAUUAUUAAUCCUCCACCCCAUAUGAUGAAUACUCCUCUUCCUCUUGUAUACCUUUUUUCUUUUUUCAAGUUGAAGGGAGUUUAAUAGCGGGAGUUUAUGAUAAUUACCUUCGCUCUGAAUCUUUUCCUGCAUUUAGGUUAGCUCUCUACUUGUCACACACUGAAAGGGAUAAAUUCCUUGUUUCUAUGGAGGGCUAAAAUUUUUGUUUUAAAACCAUCGGAACAACUUACCAAGAAAAAAAAAAGCCUCGUUAAAAAUAUUGAUUGAUGAGGUUUUAAUGUCAAUAUGUACUAUCGGUUUGAAGUUUUGAUUGAA